AAUUAAAUUCAGUAUUUUUCAUUUUGUCAUUAGGUGAAAACAAAUGAAUAUCAAGAAAGAUGGAUAACAGUUCUACAGUAUUCAUCAUUAAUAUACGAGUUGGAAUUGCAGAUCUGGAGAAUUUAUCUGGCCUGUGCGCUGUUUGCUCAGUUAUAUUGUAUAUGUUUACAGUCUUAAUUAACAUUUUAGUUUUCUCUGUGAUUGUGCUAAAAAGUCUUCAUCAGCCAAUGCAUCUUUUUUUUAGUAACCUGUUGUUCAAUGGUAUUAUUGUCAGCAGUGCACUGUUACCUAAAUUAGCUGCUGAUAUCUUAUCAGAAAAUAGAAGUAUGGCUCCACUGAGUUGCUAUUUUCAGAUGUUUUUUAUUCAAUUGUUUUUUUUCACUGAGCAAAUAGCUUUAUGUAUCAUGGCAUAUGAUCGUUAUAUUGCAAUAUGUAACCCAUUAAGAUACUCACAAAUUAUGACUGAUGUAAAAGUAUGCAAACUUAUAAUAUGUUCAUGGGUCCUUUCAAUUUUUGCUAGUGUUAUAGGGAUAAUUCUGUGUGCAGGACAACCAGUGUGCUAUUUUGUUAUAGAAAAACCUUAUUGUGAUUAUUAUUCAUUUGUAAAAUUGCUUUGCUCAAAUUAUUCUGUGUAUUACUAUUGUUCAUCAGUUGUAACUGUAAUUACUACAGCAGUUCCAAUGACAAUUAUUUUAUAUUCCUAUAUAAGGAUUAUCCAGAUUUGCCUACAGAAAUCAAAGGAUUACAGAUGGAAAGCUUUCCAAACAUGUUUCACACACUUACUUGUAUUUGCAAUUUAUGUUACUGGAGUUUUGUUUACCUUUAUCCAAAACCGUCUACCCAUAAAAAGCAUCCCUCAGGGUUUGCAUGUCUUCCUGUCAUUAGAAUGGCUUAUAGUGCCUCCUCUUGCCAAUCCACUUAUAUAUGGACUGAGAACCAAACAGAUAAGGACUGCUAUAGUUGAGAUAAUUAAUAGUAAGGCAUUCACAGAGAAGUUCCCUAAUUGUAUUAAGAUCAGGGGUAAGCAGCAGUUUUGCAGGAAAUCUAGGUUUUGUACAUCUUUAAAAAAUAUAAAUAAUAGUCAACUGAAAGAAGCAACAGACAGGAACGGCAGAGCUAAGUAG